GUGAAACCGACCAACGCAUAGCGUAUCCUCCUCCGUCAAGCCGUGAGCUCAAAGCCUAAAACCCUCUUCUUGUAGUAAUUCGGAUUGUCUGAAAAAACCAAUCCUUUUUGAAUUUCGUUUGCUUUCCAAUUUUGAUCAAACCAAUGGCUGGAAGAGCUGCGACGUCGUCUGCUAAAUGGGCGAGAGAGUUUUUAUUCAGAAGGGUCUCUUCGAAUCCUCUUGGUGGAGCGAUUCGAAACUGUUCUUCAGCUUCCUCUACACCUAAAGUACCUAAAGUUCCUCACUUUUCCAAGAAAGGAAGGAUGUUGACAGGAGCAACCAUUGGUCUUGCCAUAGCUGGUGGAGCUUAUGUUAGUACUGCAGAUGAAGCAACCUUCUGUGGGUGGCUGUUCUCAGCAACAAAGGUUGUUAACCCUCUCUUUGCGCUUUUGGAUGCUGAGUUCGCACAUAAGCUGGCUGUCACGGCUGCUGCUCGCGGGUGGGUGCCUAGAGAGAAGAGGCCUGAUCCACAAAUCUUGGGACUUGAGGUUUGGGGAAGAAAGUUUUCUAACCCAAUAGGGCUUGCUGCUGGAUUUGACAAAAACGCUGAAGCUACAGAAGGGUUGCUAGGACUUGGGUUUGGUUUUGUUGAAGUAGGCUCUGUUACUCCAGUUCCACAAGAAGGCAACCCUAAACCACGUAUCUUCAGGUUACGUGAAGAUGGAGCCAUUAUCAAUAGAUGUGGGUUCAACAGUGAAGGGAUUGUUGUUGUUGCAAAGCGGUUGGGUGCUCAACAUGGUAAAAGAAUGUUGGCGGAAACAUCAGGAACUUCGUCUUCUUCAAGCGAUGAAGUGAAACCAGGGGGGAAGUCUGGGCCUGGUAUUCUUGGAGUUAACCUUGGAAAGAACAAGACAAGUGAAGAUGCAGCUGCUGAUUAUGUCCAGGGAGUUCAUAACUUAUCCCAAUAUGCUGAUUACUUGGUAAUCAAUGUUUCAUCACCCAACACAGCAGGGCUGAGAAUGCUUCAGGGAAGGAAACAGUUGAAGGACCUUGUAAAGAAGGUUCAAGCUGCUAGGGAUGAGAUGCAGUGGGGUGAUGAUGGUCCUCCUCCUCUUCUUGUGAAGAUUGCUCCUGAUCUAUCCAGAGGAGAGCUUGAAGAUAUUGCAGCGGUUGCUCUUGCUCUCCACUUGGAUGGGCUGAUCAUAUCAAAUACAACAGUCUCGAGGCCAGAUCCUGUAACCAACAACCCUGUGGCAACAGAAACAGGUGGUCUGAGCGGGAAACCGCUCUUUCCUCUCUCCACCAACAUGUUAAGAGAGAUGUACACUCUGACACGAGGAAAGAUUCCACUGAUAGGCUGCGGUGGUGUUAGCAGUGGUGAGGAUGCUUACAAGAAGAUAAGAGCUGGAGCUACUCUUGUUCAGCUGUACACUGGGUUUGCGUAUGGUGGACCUGCUCUCAUCCCACAAAUAAAGGAAGAAUUGGUGAGUUGCUUAGAAAGAGAUGGCUUCAAGUCGAUUCAAGAAGCAAUUGGUGCAGAUCACAGAUGAUCAAACACGACCAAGAACAAAAUCUCCAGAGAGAAGAGUGUCCUUUUCUUACAACAAAAACAAAAGAGUUGUAUUAGAAAUUUCAUUGAUUCAGUUGUUUCUUCCUGCCUACACAAUAACAUCAUGGUUUUUG